AUGAAGCUGCAUGAGCUGCAGCAACUGCAGCAGCAGCAGCAGCUGGAGGCACAGCAGGAGCAACAAGAAAGACGACAAAUGCAUCAUCAUGAUCGUCUCCAGCAGGAUCAAGAGCAGCAGCAGCAUGCACACCUGCAGCAGCGGGAGCAACAGCUAAAGCUGCAAGAACAGAUGCAGCAGCAGCAGCAGCAGCAGCAGCAGCAGCAGCAGCACCGGCAUUUAUAUCGUCAUCCUCCUCGUCGUAAGCAUCAUAUGGAGCUUCAGCGUGAGCAAUAUUACAUGCAGCUGCAUCUGCAAGAGCAGCAGCGUCAGCAACAGGAACAGCAGCAGCUGCAGCAGCAACAGCAGCAGCAGCAGCAGCAGCAGCGUAUAUAUGGUGAAUUAAGUGAUGGUUUAUUACUAUCAGACAAUCAAGGAUUAAGCAGGACCAGUGGUCAAUCAGCAACAGACACAGACAGUGUAUCUGGAGGGGAGAGUAGCGGUUGUGAUCCUUCCUUCUCUCCUCCUCGUAGCAGCAGCAGAAACAGACAGCAGCAGCAGCAGCAGCAGUCUGCUGCUGCUGUUGCUGCUGAUCCUGCGGUUUCGGGGUGUAUAUACAGCUCAGCGCCAUCUAGUAAUGAAGGAAUAGUAGGACAAUCUAAGAGAAAAGUAUACCCACAGCAGCAGCAGCAUCCUGCUGCAGCAGCAGCAACAGGAGGAGGAGCAGCACCGCCACUAAGAUCAACAACACGUCAUUCAUCUGCUGCUGCAGCAGCAGCAGCAGCAGCAGCAGCAACUCCUUGUUUAGCUCCUCGUAAUUUACGUCUUAAGACACCGCAAAGAGUAAAUUGGAUAAAUGAGAGAUUUAUAAGACAAUUUAGUACUCACCAGCCAAGGGAUUCACAACUAGGGUAUCAUCUACAAGCAUUACAUCAACAUGCUAUACAGUAA